GUAUUGUGGCGGUGUACUGUCUUGAUUGCGGGAAGUUUGUUUUCUUUGGCUAUGGAGCAAACUAGACUUGUAAGGUCCUGGGUAUUCUUAACCUCAUAAAAUUUUUCCAAUUAUGAAGCUUUUUUGUCUUUGUCUGCAAUAAAGUGUUAGCCUCACCGGUCUGUACGUGGUACUUGCCAAGUUGUUUGCCACACUACAGGAUGGUCAGUGUAACUUUAAUACGAUUCUCUCCGUUUUGAUGUUUUAAUUUGCUCAUAUUGUUUUGAGUUGUUUAUUCAUCUUUAUAGCUGAUGUAGUUCCUCCAGUUACACGGAAAAUAACUUUCAAGGUUUUUAAUUUGACAUAUCAUAACGAAGUGUGGAUUUACAUAUCAUUAUUCGUUACCUACAAAGAAUUUAUGCUUUUCCUAGUUGUUACGAAUUGCCUUAAGCAUGUAAUUUUUUAAUAAUAUAAAGGAUAGUGGCAUUGUUUGUGCAACAAUCAGGAAAUGGCUUAAACCUCUACUGACGUAUGUUUGCUUAAUUAAGCAGUUUUUACAACUGUUACUCCUAAUGGAGCAAAGCUGCCAAUCAGCGUACUCCAGUCCACUCUUUCCUGGGCCUUCCUUUCUAGUUACGAUCGAUUUCGUCCCUUCUACUCAUGCCUAUCUCCAUUUCUCGGCGUAACAUGUUCUUCGGUCUUCAUCUUUGCCUUUGGCCUUCAGGAUUACAUGUGAGGGCUUGCCUUGUAUCGCAGUUGGGUGCUUCCCUCAAUGUGUGUCCUAUCGAUUUCCAGCGCUUCUUCCGCUGAGAUCUGGUUUGUUCUCUCCCAGGUGAGACUAAUUUAUGGACGAGCCAGUCAGAGGCGUUCGAAGGAUUUCAAGGUUGCGGCGACAACUUCAGUGCUUAAUGCUAACGUACAAUGGGUUUACGUGAAAUUUUCUACAAAACGUGACAAUUGAGCGGCUAUAACAAAUAAAACGGCGAGACUAUAAUUUGUGGACGAAUCAAUCAAGUAUAAGAUAAUAGAUCUCGGAUUUUGGCUCGAAAGUCUUUCAUCCAUUUGGCUAAAUAAAUUUCUGGCAUUAUAGCUGAUGUCAGUUCGUGAUGAAAACCCCAUAUAUAAUUCCUAACUAAGGCAAAUUACGAUAAUUAUCGCGAACGGGAUAAUAAAAGCACCAAUAACAGUGGCUGCAGCCAGGUACUACAAUAUAUACGGAUGUUUGGAGAGCGUACAGACUUCUUCAUAGGCUUGAUUAUGUACAUCGUGUCGUUAUCCACAAUUGGCAUUUUGUGCACUCAACAACCAGAGUGCACGUAAACAAUAUUGAAGCUAUGUGGUCGAGGCUGAAAAAGUUUUUGCAACCUUAUCAUGGCUCCAGAGGCUGACUAUUCUAUAGCCAUAUGGAUGAUUUCCUUUAUUGCAUGCGUUACGAUUUCAGAACCACUAAACCUCUUUCUAAUCUUGACAAGUUUUUGAAUCCCAUAUAAGAAGUGCAUUCAUUUUAUUUUCUUGGUUUUGUAUAAUAUAUUUUUACUCUACACUGACUGCUUGCUGAUUGGCAGAUAUUUCACAGGGUCAUUUACGAUUCGUUGAAAUGUCGUCCACAAAUUAAAGUCUCUCUAUGGCUUAUUCAAUUUUUUGGGACCGUGAAUAUGGUUGUUUUAGUCGUUAUUCUAUAUAAAGGGUUUGUGUUUAAUCCCCAGUCUCACUCAGAACUUCACCGAUUUUCAUUAUGAUGUGUCAUCAGUUGAAAUCCCACUUAGUUUAGAUACUAACUUUUGCUGCAAAGUGGUUUUGCGGGGAAUUGUUCAUUUAUUAUUCCUCUUAUUUAGUUGGUCUGUGCACAAAUAUUCGUCGAGACUAUUUACCACACUUCGCGCAUUCAAUUGCAAUUAACAGUAUGAGAAGUAUAGGAAUCGAUAAAUGAUACUACCAAUGAAAGUAAGUAGAAAUAAUUAUAGCGAACAUUACUCGAAGCGAAAAAGACGCUUAUUCUGAGGAAAAACGUAGAGUAACAUAGAAAAUCAAGAAUUUCAGAAUAUUUAUUUAUCUUCAUCACAGUGUCCGACUUUUAAUAAGCCAAAUGUCAUUCCAUGUGCUUCCUUUUGGUGAACUGAGUGGUGUAAAUAGACGUCAAAACUAGCAAUAUCAAGUUGUAUGUGGUCACUAGUGAUUUUUGUCUUGGUGAGUUGGGUCAAUUUAAAUUUUGUAUACUGGAUUACAAGCUCCGGUGUUCUGUUCAAACUUAAUGCAUGAAAAAAGAAGAUUCUAGCGAUACCUUUCCCAAACAGCUCAAAAUAUUUGCUAACAUUUUAAAGUCACUACACAACUGUCCGUGAUUUCUACAAAUAGACUGAAAAUAGACUUUGUUGUACGUUUGGCCUAAAUUUAUGCAAUUACUUCAUAAGAAGGUAUCUAUUUACUCAGGAAUAAAAUGCCUUAACUAAAUGGUUAAAAGCAUUCAUUUGUGACUUUUUGUAGGGUGGCGAAUACCAGACGACCUGUUGAGACCCUACAAAGGAACAAUGACAGUUUAGGAUAGUCAUAUUUUGGGAAUUUUAUUGAUAUCAAACCGUUUGAAUACUCUGUCAAACAUGGAUAAAUGUAGUAUGUGACCUGUCAGUGGAUUGAUAAUUUUACUACCUACUAGUGUAUCCAUUACUCAGGUUGGGUAUUCUCCGCCUCUAAUGAUAUCCAGAAAAAGUAUAUACUAAUAAGUUGGAAUAUCUUACUGAAACGUUUUCUUGUGGUUGGUAAUGCUGGAGCAACGUUUUUUACAUUUUCCGCGUACUGUUUGAAAAGACAGAAAGCUUACUUAUGCCAAUAUUUGUUCACUCAAUUUCUCCAAGUCCUGAACUAUGGCGUUUGCAGCACUUGAGGAAAUUCCAUUUUAAGAACUAGUAACCAGGUACUCAGCUUUCUCUACCGACUGGGACUUAAGAAUUGCUGAAUUGCAACUGUCAACAGUUAAAAUGUAAGAUUAGGCGAUGAGUUUUCGCGUAGCUAUCAAAGACAAGCACCAGUAUGCAUAUUUAUUGUUCUCCAGCUGUCAAAAUUCUUAUUUUUGAGGGAAAUAGAUGACUUGGCAGUUACGUAACGGGCAUUUAGUGUAAGAGCUUGGUUGAUACUAAGGCACAUUUUUGUGGUGAAUUCAUAACAUUUUCUUGUGUCUGUGGUGAAUAUUAUUCCUAGAAAAUAUCGUUAUGAAAGAUUACUGAAAAUACAAUGUGGUUAGAUAAUCAAUCUUUUCUAUUGUGUUCUUUUUCUUACUAAAUGUUAAUGUUACAUUACUUGGUUUUACGUCUGAACACUUUGUAUUGACGUGUUGUUUCCUCGAAAAUCCUCUUACGCAGAAAUCAACUGAAAAGACCGUUACAGAUUGUCAAAGGACACAUAAACGCGCUGAACCUGAACGUUUACGUAUAGCCAGGAAGCAUCAAAGGGAACUAGAAAGUAAACAAAAAAAAUUGGAGAAGGUUUUUUUUCGAUUAUUUAAACUUUUCUGGUCAGGAGAGGCGGCAACUAGAAAGACAAGAAAAGAAAGAUGCAGAAGAACGUGAGAAAGAAGAAAAGCGUCUGAAACGUAGGGAAGAACAGCGCAAAAGAGAAGAGGGAAGAGAAAAUGAACGUAGAAAGAAAGAAGAGGAAAAACGCAAGAGAGAGGAUGAAAAAUUGCAAAAAGAACAAGAAAAGAAAAGGGAAGAAGAUUUAAAAAGCCAAAGAGAAGAAAAACAACGUGCAGUUUUGUUAGGAUUUCUUGUGAAAUCAGAAAGCAAAAAGGAAAUCAAUACCGUCUCUGGUACAGACUGUGGACCAUUUAUACAAUUUGAAGUCAGAAAAGAUAUGAGAAUGGCUUCUUUGCACAGAAUGUCACAGGCUUUACUUUCCUCAAAACAAAGCAACAUAGAAAACUUACGACAUGCAUGGGUAAACGGAAACGAUAAAGAUGCAACUUCAUCACUUGGGUUACUUAAAUUCGGACGUACUAACUACCUUCAUGAACUACGAACAGGACAGAUAUUACCAUUAUCCUACCCAAGUACUUGGCCAAUUGAACCUCCCGAAGUCCAAUAUCUUGGAGAUAAUAUCUAUCCUGUUAUAAACUCGGUCGCUUUAAAACAACACGAUAAUCGUGGCAGUGGUGGAACAGUAUGGCUACGUGCAAAGUUAUUUCAAUUCGUUGAAAAUUAUCGACCUGCAUAUUAUGGUACAUGGCGACGUCGUAGUCGUAUUGUUACUGGUCGUAGACCAUUUGCUCGUGAUGAUUAUCAACUUGAUUAUUCCAUCGAUUCAGAUGAUGAAUGGGAAGAAGAAGAACCUGGUGAAAGUAUUACACAGUCUGAUAAUGAAGAUGAAGAAGACGAGGAUGAGGAAAAAGAUGGUGAUGAAGAUGACGAUGAUCAGUUCUUUGUUCCACACGGUUAUUUAUCUGAUGAUGAAGGUGUGGCUGCAGAAGAAAGUGAAGGUCCGAUCCCUGAUGAAAUGAAGCAGUUGCGUCAACGGUUAUCUGUUGCAGAGUAUGAAGCAGCUCAUCGUCGUGGACUUCAACGUUUAAAACCAUUAUUACUAGGACCUUUAUGGUUGCCUGAACCAGUUGAACGUUGUAUGCCAAGCAGUAACGCAACUACUAAUAAUACUACUAGUGCUGCCACUAAUAAUAAUAAUCAUUUCGAAGAGAAUAAAGAAAACAUCGAAUUACCGGAAAGAUUUAUUCUCAGUAAGCAGACCAAUGAGAAAACUGAAUCCCAAUUAAUGAAAUCUGUUUUAAGCGUCUAUCGCGUGCAUUUAUGGACAAUAAAUUUUCCGAUUUCUGUUAAACCAGAUAUUGGUGCCACUACUACGACUUCAAGAAGACCGAAAAAAUCUGUCCCAGAAGAAGCGAUGGCGUAUUUUAUUCAACUUGUUCAUCGAAGUCCUUUGGGAAAGCAUAAAUUAGCUUUUGAGUUCCGUGUUUUUUGGCAUCGUCAUACUACUGGCAUCCUACCAGAGUGCUUACAAUAUAUGGAAUAUAAAAAAUAUAAUGCUUCUGCAGUGGGUUCAUCAGUCUCACGUAGCGGUCUUUUUGUAUUAUCUGGUCCAGUUUGGGAUAGUUUACCAUUAAGUCAAUCACUUGUGUUAUCCAAAUUAUCUCAGAUCGCGGUUUUCACUGAGGGAAGGUGGAUGGUUAACUUAGAAGUACUUCAGAAAUAUGCUUCGCGUCUUUGUAAUCUGUGCAAUAUUCAAGAAUUAAGUGGUGGUAUUGCUAGUAGUUUGGACGAAGUUGAUAAAGAUUAUUUUCAUAAUUUCGUAUUUCCUCCAUGGGAAUAUUUAACAGAUGUAGCAGUAACUAAUAUCAGAGUAAAUCGCGGUGCAUCAACAACUAGUCGUCGAUCUCUAGAAGUACCACAAUCACAAUUACAAACAACUGUAGAUCGUUUACAUGAACCGCACAAAAAUGUAAUGACUAUCAAUAAUUCUCAAGUUGUUUUAUUGCAGCCUCUACAAUCUUCGGAUGUUGUAGUAUCAAGUAAGCAAACUGAUAAGGAAUUAUCAAUUCAUAAGAAUGAACAAUUGUCUCAAUCUAAAAAAACUCAUUUAUCUGAAAAAGACAUUAAUUUAUCGGUUAACAUAAGUCAGGCGAACUGUUCUUCAAAAGUGACUACUACUAUUGCUUCUACUGGUUCGUCUCAUAUUCCACGUCGAAGAAAAGGAGUUACUAACAAAAUUCCCACAAGUGAAAAAGACACUCCCUCGUCUGUCAAUAACAGUAAAGAAAACUGUUCUUCUCCGAAAGUGACUACUACCACUGGUUUAUCACAAACUCCAGGUCGAAAAAGAGUAACUUUGGAUUCAUUCCUUAUACCACCUGCAAAACGAUCAAACGUUAAUUUAUCUUCUGAAAUUCAGUCAGAUUAAGAUUGUGUUAUUUUAGACUCAAAAUGAUAAUAAUUUCACUCUCACAAUAUAUAUGUAUAUUGUUUGAAAAUAAUUGUGAAUUGUCUAGGAAAUAUAUAGCUUAUGUGUGCAUACCUGAUUAUUUAAGUUUUUCGAGACCGUGUAUUGUUUAGGGUGAUUUAACCCCUGCUUACCUCAUUACCAUCUCAAUCCUCUCUUAUUCCAUAAUAAUUGUCUACUCUCUAAUCUUUGUAUAAAAAUUAGUUUAAAGGGAUAAAUGCUGAAAUCCAUAUUCCAUAAGUGCUUUCCGUUAUUUUUUUGGCAACAUAUGAAACUAUGAAGUACAGUUAGAUAACUGAAAUAUCUUCUUUAUCUUCUCUCUCCCUCUUCACAUAUACUGUUAUAUUAGAAAUUUUUGUAAAGAUUUCACCGAUUGUUUAUACAUAUUUCAUUAUUUUGAAGACAAACAAAAGUAAAGUAUGAUAGACUAUUAUUGUUUUUCUUCUCUCUGUGACCAAUAUGCACUUCACAUUAUCAUCUAUUUUUGUAUUUUUAUGUGUAUUUAUGAUCAGCCAAAAAUAUGUUUCUUUAUUCAACAACUUGUAGAUGUUUUUUUCGAAAAAAAGCUAAUAAUUUUGUUUUCAUCUAGUUUCUGACACAUUCUGAGCAGUAAUAUGCAAAUGUGGUUGAUUAAUAUGGAACCCAUGAAAUAUUUCAACGUGCUUUCAAAAAGUCAUUAGUGUUAAUGACAUUUUUAACGCUGAGAACAAAUAGUGUGAAGGCGUUCUGUUCUCUGAGCUGGAUGGUUUCUGUAGUGAAGCGUUCAUUAUCUUUUUAGACAACAUUACUGACGUAUAUUCCAUAAAGAAAUGAGCUAAUAUGAAGUCAUGGAAAAAAAACCAAAACAAACCCGUGAACGACCAUACGACCAACUGAUUAAACUAUAGGUUAACAGGUUUUAGUCGAUUGUGUUUAGUUUCCAGUGGAUCUCUUUCUGAAGUACAUUCUGAUUAUAUUGUUCAGAAAGACAAUUAGAGCUUUCAUACUAAAGCAUUCAGUUCAGAGAACAAAAUACUUCAAAAAUGUGAUGUUUUGUUUGAUUAUUUCACUGGGAAUUGUAAAAGAAAUGUAAUGGAGCUUGUUCUCUGUAACUUUAAGAUAAAUUUCUUCGGGGACACCGAUAACCGGUUCACAUCGGACACCACUUUCUCUCUAGUUUGAGACUUCAGUGCUCACUCACAACUCAAGACCUUCCGACCUCACGGCAUACUAGGAUAUUUUCAGGAGACCGAGUUGGAGAACUGCUAUGUUUGAAGAGGUCACAAGUUCACCUAAUCUGCGAACAGAAUGAAGACGCAGUGACACAAUGAACAUAUUCAUUGUUUUGCUUUAUGGGACCACAGAUGAAGACUGAAAUUUUACACUAAAUCUCUCAUAUAUACUUUUUUUUAUAUUUCCAAAAAUCAACUUUUGUCAUGCUUCUUGGCUGAUAAUUUUGAAUAUUUUUACUCACUGAAUUAAAUAUUGCCUUGUAAAAUAUUGAUAAGUAUGGUGUUGGCCUUUGAUAAGUAUGGCCCUUUGAUCAAAGGCCAACAAUCGUAGUGUUUCUUG